CAUUUCUGCUCGUGACCACCAUCGCACGCAAUGCCCGUCGCCAGCUCGUCGCGUCGUAUCAGGCGAGAGCAUUCUGACGUGAUAGAAGAAGACAACCCUACCCAGCGUACCGUCGAGGAUGUGGAGGACGGUGAGGAAGACGAAGAACAGGAGGGAGACGAAGUGCAGAAGCCGCGUCGCUCGAAAAAAAGCGUGAGGAAAGAGUCGAAGCGCAAAGUAUCGCGAGAGCAGCCUGAAGAUGAAGAAGAGGAGUUGGAGGAUUUUGGCGACCAGCCCCUCGAUAAAUCCAAUGGAGCCAAGCUGGCUGGCUUCGCCUCGGAUUGGAACAUGAUGCGACGCCAGAACCACACACCGUACUAUACCUUGGUGCGGGAUGUAGCGACUGUCAUUGCUGAAUUUGCUGGGAGCGAUGGGGCGGAGCAAGACAUGGUUGAGAUGGAUGAAAUUAUGAGGUCCCUCAUAGACACUGAGUUUGAGCUCGUUGCUCAUGAAAAGACUUUGGGUGAGUUGAACCAGAAAGUUUCCCAAAGGGAAAAGAUUGCGAAUAUAGUGGAUCUCUACGAGGAAGAGGUAAAGCGAAAAGUAGGCAACUACAAUAGCAAGACGUCACGGCAGAAGUAUGCUAAGUCGGAAGAGUACAUCACCUUCAAAUCCGCUAUCUACGAGGUGCAGAAUCCUGACCAAGCCAUGCCGCCUAUAACUGAAUUCAUUCCGAAAGAGGAUGAGGACGAGAGCGACGAUGACGACGACUUGAUAGUGGGUGGUGUUACCCAGGACUACAAGUGCCCUCUCACGCUCACGAUUCUGGUGGACCCCUUGACAUCGGAUAAAUGCGGACAUUCAUUCUCCGCAUCCGCAAUACGAGAUUACCUUGGUACCAGUCGCAAUGCGCGCAAGGAAUGUCCGUCUUCUGGCUGCAAGAAGAUGAUAUGCCUUGGGGAUCUGAGGCCAAACAAGGAACUGGCUAAGAAGGCGAAAGAUGCCGCUAGACGAGAGCGCAUGCGUAGUGACGAGAGCGAUGGGGAGGAGGUUGUCGAGUAAUACUACUUUCUGUAUUGUAUCUCUGCGAUUAAGAGCAGACGUGCCAUGCGGGGCCAUGGUCCUUGUUUGAGCGAGAACUCUUAUGCUUUUGAUACCCUUACUAUAAACAUGGACUUGCCAAAUAUAGGCUACUUAUGAUGCCGGCUGUCGAU